AAACAUUUAAUCAUCAACAACCAACCAGACUGCAGCCCCCACCCCCUCUACACUCACUUUCCAUAACUCUUAUGGACCUCCCUCCCUCCUCUUUUCCCUUUCACUAACUCUCCCAUCAGCACUCUGCCCCUCUAUUAAGUUUCGAGCGUCUCUUUCCUCCCUGAACUGAACAACAGGCACCCAAACAGAAGAUUGGACAGAAAACAGGCUGGCUCUCCUGGUCCUCUCCUCCGUCUCAUCCCAUCCCGUUAUCGAACCUCAUCCGCCCACCUACAUCACUGCGGAUCUAUUCAUAGCACCUUUUUGUCUAAUUUCAGCGUCCAGCCCACUUGUUUUUACAACAUUUCUCACAGCUUUUUCUCAGUUUUCUCGCUCAGAGAACCACAACUGUGUCUCAGAUUUCUUUUGUUUUAUUUUUUUUAUAGUGCCUCCUUGCUCUCUCUUUACCCCGUUUGCUUUUAAUCUUCAUUUACCUAAGUGUCCCAGUGCUUGACCGUCCGAGGCACCGUCAGUAUGUGGUCCAACCUCUUCGUGCAGCAGGAAGAAGAUGGCCGAAUGGGGGUGGUGGGAGCCGGACAGGGUGGGGGUUUGGCUGGAAUGAAAGGUUUAAGAGGACAAAGGCGGACCAACAAGAUGAGUGACAGCCAGGAGGGUAAGAUCAAGCUGGCCUUCUUCGUGGCUAUUGUUGGGGUGACCCUGACGGUGUUGGGCAUGGGGACAGAGUUUUGGGUGGAGCUGGCCCAGCCGAAGGAUUUCAGUGGCAAUCAGACCUGCCAGAUGGCUCAUUAUGGGCUGUGGAAGGGCUGCGUCCGCACCCUGUGGGUGGCCGACAUCGACCCCGAGAGGACGAGCUGCGGCCCUGCUGAACUUCCUGGAGAAUCCAACUGCACCUACUUCAAAUUCUUCACCUCUGGGGAGAACGCUGUCAUAUUCAAGAAGACGACCAACAGGAAUUUGAACCUGGCAGCAGCUGUCUUGGCCCUUCUGAGUCUCACCAUGAUGGUGAUGGGCUCCAUCUGUAUCGCCAUGUCACUCAGCAAAGGAGUGCUCUUCUUUCUCAAACCAGCCUCCUUCUGUUUCAUUCUCUCAGGUGUUCUGGUCCUGCUGUCUGUGCUGAUUUUCCACCAGUCUGUGCUGGCACUGCUGUCCAGCGACCACUCCAUACCUCUGCACCACGAGCUGUCCUGGUCUGUAGCCUGCGUCGGCUCGGCAGGAGCCAUCCUCAUUUUCGGAGGCUUCCUUUUCAUCGUCCUCGCUCUUCCUUUCAGCCCCUGGCAGAGAUGCUUCCCACACAAGAAUAGCACCACCUAGCCUUUGAAAACUGACACACGUGUACAGUCUUCUUAAGGUUUGAGAGCAAGUGUAAGCACAUUUCUCACAGCUGUGACUUUGAGCUUGCUCUUGGCAGGUCAUUUGCUAUGAAAAGUCACACUAGGUCUUAAUUAUGCUAAUGAGGAGGAGCCACCAACACAUACCGAACACAACAAGGCAUCAGGAAGUUGAACUCACCACAACUUGCUUUAGUUUUAGCAGAAAUAGAUGGAAAACAGAGCUAAUGAUGACUAUUUUGAGAUAAAAGCUGUUACAUUUUGGCAUGAAUGGGCUUGUUUGAAGACCAGCAGCUAUACAACUGCAAAUAUAUUUUUAAAAAAUUCA